UUGUUAAGCGUAUCUUCUAGAAGAAAAUUUCAAAAAUCAACGUGCGUUGCGUGAGAAAAAUUGCGUUUUGUGCGUUUGGCACAGUGCCAGCUCCCCUUUUCGUAUCUCCCCUUUUCGUAUCUCCCCUUUUCGCAGAUCCCCUUUUUGCAGAUCCCCUUUUCGUUCUGCUCCCCUUUUCGUAGGGCUUCCCAAAACAGGAUGCAGGGACGGGACCUUUUCGCAACCACCGCACACUUUUUUCGCAAGCCUCGCACGUUUUUUCUUUUGAAAAAAUGCAACAAUAUCAUGGAAAAAACGUGCGAGGCUUGCGAAAAAAGUGUGCGGUGGUUGCGAAAUAGGCCCCGCCCCUACUCACGCGUGGCCACGUGGCACACGUGGCACACGUAGCGAUUGAAAUAAACAAAUUAUAACUUAAAUUAGUUUGUGAAAUCGGUUUCUCUCCGACACACGCGUCACACAAAAAUGCGUAUUUUGUGUAUUUUGUUUUCAUUGGUAAUCUUCGGAUUAAUAGUUCAUGUAUUGCCAACAACCACCACACCAAAUGUGCCUGUUUCCGCCGCUACGAACACUUCAAACGUGACCGCUCCUACAAAAAGUCCUAAUGCGACCGCUCCUGCCGGCAAUUCGACGAAAAAUGUAAACGUGACCGCUCCUGCCGCCAAUACGACGCAGCUUGCUCUUGUGAGCUCGGCGAGCCCUCAAACCUGCAAAAAUGGAAACGGCACACACUGCCCGUCAUGUGCAUACAUGAUCAAUGUUCACAAGGACACGCCGAAGUACAUCGGAUAUGGCAUCCUGAUCGCCUUCGUCAUUUUCCACAUUUUUUUGUAUUUCUACCUCGAGGAUCAGAAGGCGAGGGAGCAGAAGAAGUAUUUUGAAGAGCUCAUCGCUGAGCAGAUGGCGGCUAGGAAGCGAGAAGAACAAGACGAUCAGCAGCACGAGGAUGAGGAGAAGGAACGCCGAGAGCGGUUGGCUUAUGGAAUUGCCGCGAAUCCGUAUGUGGUAGCAGAGAGCAAGACUCCCAAUGGAAACGUCACAAAAGUGAUGGAGAAACGACGAUCCGCGGUGGCCCCGCCCAUCACACCAGCCCUCGGAGCAGGCUCGACCAACGGACCAUACGAGAGUCGGACCAAGACCGCUCAAAAGGAAGAAGCAAUGAGCUGUCACUUGCAAGUGAUCGCCGACAAUUGGGGACGUGGAAAGGAGCUCAUUUCGCUCAUCAAUGAUUUGGAUCUCCCUGCGCCGCUGGUGACGACAGAGGAAAAGGCGCGGUACGCUUUGGAGCUCGUGCAACAUCAUGUGGAGAAAAUGACCGAGCAGAAGGUUUUCCUGCACGGAUAUCUUGAUGAUGGACCGCCGUUCGUUUGCUCAUCGGAGACCUUGGAGAAGGAGAUCUUCAGCGAUGCCCGUCUUGAGCUGAAGCUUGAAUUGACGUCACCGGUGCACAUGAAGAUGGACGUGUUCUCUGUGAAAUUGGAGCCACAACAGAAGACAGUGCUGCCAGAACCCACCAAGGAAACGCCGAAAACCGACGCUCUCCUCACACCGGGAUCUCAUAUUAAGGGAAGAUCAAUGGCGGCUGAAUCGUCGAAGCGCAAAGCCCCGAAGCUGUCCACUGAUUUGACGAACUUGGUCCCACUGCUCCAACAAGCUCAGAUGCUUCCAGUCACCGAAAAGGCCACCAAGGAGAAGCUCCAGACUCCGAAGCAAUCGCCAAUGCCAGGCACUCCGGAAAAUACGUCGCUCCCACCGUCCUUGAUUAAGAAGAAGAAGAAGGAGUCGACAUCGGAACAAGCAGCGCCGGAAGCGGUCGUCACUGUGGACAAGCCACACGAUUGAAGUUCUCCUGAGCCCCCGACCGCCUCUCAACUUACUUGUGAUUUUCCCCCGUUUUUAGGUCUUUUAUUUUUUCUAUGGAGCCCCAUUUCCCCUUUUCUAUGCUCAUCGUUCCCCACAAUUGUAUUAUUUAUGACCUCGUAUAGUCCCAUUCAUUUUUCAGACUCCCCAUCCGUAUUUAUUUCCCCACACAAUUUCACUUUUAUUACUUUUCUCUGACAAUAAAUUUUUUUUUGUCAAAUU